UAUUCGCGGCUGUUUUGGAGGGAAGGGGAAGAUAUAAUCAGACUAUUUGGUGACAGUAAACUUGUCGGAUGGUGUUUGUCGGAGCUUGACUCUCGUCUCCUCCGUCGGUUGCCGUUCACAAGUCAAACCGAAUCUAAGACGGCGUUCUUCUAUUCUCUCUGUAUCCUGCUCAUCCUCUUCCUAUUCUAAUAUUUUCUCAUUCCUUCCUUUUCCCAUGUACGUACUUCCCGUAAACCCACAAGGCCACAACAAGUUCGUGGCCUCUAAUUGUCAACUAUAGAAUGGGGUCAAGCUUCAAGGUGAUUGGAUGGGGGGAGAGAGAGAUAGAGAGGGCUUGCGAGUGAAGGGAAGACGUAAAUAGAAGUCCGUGUAUGAAACGAAGGACGCAGAAGCGACCACGAUACUCCUCCUAUUUCCUCCUCUAUGCCAAACGCUUCAAUUUCUCAAUCUUGCUUCUGAAAAGCAUCGGACUACAGACUCUGCUACUUUCUGCUACCUAUCAUCCUAUGGUGGGAGAAUCGCCUUCUUCUUCAGCUGUGCUUGCUAUGGACGGUCUUGAUGACGUCGAGAACUACGUUUGGGCACAUGAACAAGAAGGUUUGGCAUGGGACACAUACCAUCAUAUUUUUGAACUUGUGCAUAAUGGCAACAUGUCAUUUCGGGAGAAUCGGUUGGAAGAGGCAAUCAACUUUUACUCAAGAGCAAAUAGCAUCAAACCUGGUGAUCCUGUUAUCCUCCACAACCGAUGUGCAGCUUAUCUUAGGAUUAGCAGAUUCUUAAAGGACAGAUCUCCAUCAGCUUCAGAAUAUAAACCAUUGAGUGGGCUUGAUCCUACAAUACAUGCUGAACUUGGUUUGAAGGAUGCUGAGAAGCUUGUUGACCUACGUAGUAAUUCAGUAAAAUCAUACCUCUUAAAGGCUAAUGCGCUUUUUCUGUUAGAGAAAUAUGAAAAAGCCCGAGAUGCAAUUCUUUCAGGCCUUCAAGUCGAUCCAUUUAGUGAGUCCUUGCAAGCUGGACUUCGAAGUUUGGAGAAGGGAUCUGCUAGUUUGAUGGGCAUGAAUAGACAUGAAGAACAGCCAGGCACGAGUACUCACGGACAACCAGAGCGCACUGAUGACUUUGAUUGCACUGUUUGCCUGAAGUUGUUAUAUGAACCUGUUACAACCCCUUGUGGACAUUCUUUUUGCCAUUCAUGUCUAUUUCAGUCAAUGGAUCAUGGCAACAGAUGCCCAUUGUGCAGGACAGUUCUUUUGAUCAGUCCUAGAACGUGUUCCAUCAGUGUGACAUUGAAGAACAUCAUACAAAAGAACUUUCCGGAAGAGUAUGCCAAAAGGAAGCAAGAGCAUGACAGUUUGACAAACUUUGGCGUGGAUUUGAUUCCUCUUUUUGUCAUGGAUGUUGUCAUGCCAUGUCAAAAAUUUCCACUCAAUAUAUUUGAACCUCGAUAUAGACUUAUGGUCAGAAGAAUAAUGGAAGGGAACCAUAGGAUGGGAAUGGCUAUAAUUGAUUCUACAACAGGUUCCUUAGCUGAGUAUGCUUGUGAAGUGGAAAUUACAGAGUGUGAACCACUUCCAGAUGGACGUUUCUAUAUAGAGAUUGAAAGUUGCAGGAGAUUCCGCAUCAUCCGAUCACAGGAUCAAGAUGGGUAUCGUGUUGCAGAAGUUGAAUGGAUACAUGACAUCAUGCCUCCAGAAGGAAGUAGAGAGAGACAGUCUUUACAGGAAUUGACAUAUGAUGCAGCUGAAACUGCUCGAUCAUGGAUAAGAAGAGCCAAAGAAGCAGCAAGAGCUAAACAAGAUCAUAGAAGACUCGAGAGAAUCCAGUCUGUUGAAUUGACGAUGCCCAGUCAGAGAGAUCCAGAGCGCUUCAGUUUUUGGCUUGCUUCCUUGUCAAAGUUGAGGCCUCAAGAAAGAUUAGAUCUCAUGGGCCUAAGAAAUACCGGAGAGAGGGUUAGGCGUGGACUGAAUUAUCUGGGAGCAGAGGAACAACGCUGCAGAAUUCAGUAAGACAAGCAGCGGCAAUCUACCAUUUUUUUACAACAAAUGUGCAUCUCAUAUAUUGAACCAAGUCUAAUUAAUAUUUGGGCUGGUUAGAGUUUUUAUAUUACAUAUAAUUAUAUAUAGAUUUUGUAUGUUGGUGUCAAAUUCAUAUACAAGUCAUUCAAUUAAUAUUCCAUUUUUGGCCUCAUAAAUGGCAGUCCUGACCUCUUGUAAGAACAGCAUGGGGCUGAGCCUAGAUUUUUCAAUUUAUUAUUUAUGUACAAAAUGUUUUCCAUUA